ACACACUUUAUCUAAAUGCUAUGUUUUCACAGGUGACAGAGUGGUUGCACUUUCAACAUUCAGAAAGCUGUGGAAUAGGGUGUGUCCUUUCAUCGUUUGCUGCAAACCUAUGACUGAUGUAUGCUGGCAGUGCCAAAAAAAAACCAACCUCCUAUUCAGGUCAGCAAAUCUUCCAGAUGCAGAGAAGCAGGAGCGCUGCAGAAUACAGCAAGCUCAUCUGGAGAAUGUUGGUCAUGAGAGAACCUUCUACAGGGACCUUGUUCAGGAUGCAAGGGUGGCUGCAGAGCAGAUUGGGGUUACUCAACUUGGGCCCAACACUCCUUGCACCAACGCCAUAGACAUGCACUAUUCAUUUGACUAUGCCCAACAAGUACACUUUCCAUCAGACCCUAUCCAGCCUGGCCCAGUGUAUUUUUUGACACCAAGAAAGUUGGGCAUUUUUGGUGUCCAUUGUGAGGGCGUCACAAAACAGUUGAACUAUUUAGUUGACGAAUCCGUACUCAUCUCCAAAGGAAGCAACGCCGUGAUCAGCUACUUAGACAAUUUCUUCAGGACCUAUGGCUUAGGGGAGACUAAAGCCCAUCUUCACUGCGACAACUGCAGCGGCCAAAACAAGAAUCGGUAUGUCCUUUGGUACAUGCUUUGGCGUUGCAUGAGUGGUCUCCAUCGAUCUAUUGAGAUGCAUUUCAUGGUGGUUGGACACACAAAGUUUGCCCCUGAUUGGUGCUUCGGCCUCUUCAAGCAGCGCUACCGCCGAACAGCUGUCUCCUGCCUUGAUGAUGUUGUUCGUGUAGUCACUGGAAGUACACAAACUGGAAUCAACAUCCCCCAGCUUGUAGGUGAUGAAGCUGGUAACACCUUCGUUCCACAGUUUGAUUGGCAGGCAUUCUUGUCCCCAUUCUUCAAGCCACUUCCAGGGAUCAAGAGUUUUCAGCAUUUUCGGUAAUUUUAUUUAUUUUGUGGUUUUUCUUUAUUCGA